AUGAAGAACAUUUACUGGCUUAUUCUGAAUCCUUUUAAUUUUGCAACUCUUGGCUACCUCUGGAUUUCUGUGGUACAGUGUACAGUUUUAAACAACUGCCUAAAGUCAUGUGUAACUAGUCUGGGCCAGCAGCUUGAUGUUGGCGCACCAUAUAAUCUUAGUGAAGUGUGCAUGCAAGGGUGCCACUUUUGGAAAUCUGUAGGUCGAGAAAACUGUGCUCUGAAGUGUAAUGAGACCUAUGCCACUGUUGGUGAGCGAGAAUCCUGUGAGGUCGGCUGCAGUGGUGCAGAAGGUGCAUAUGAGGAGGAAGUGCUGGAAAAUGCAGGUCUCCCCUUAGCACCUUUUGCUUCUUCCAUCGGAACUCAUCAUGUGACAUUACGAUGGAAAUCUGCCAAUAUUUCUGGAGUAAAAUACAUCAUCCAGUGGAAAUAUACACAACUUCUGGGAAGUUGGAAGUAUACUGAGGCAGUGUCCAAUCUCUCCUAUGUAGUAAAGGACCUACAUCCCUUCACUGAAUAUGUUUUUCGUGUGGUUUGGAUUUUCACAGCCCAGCUGCAACUCUAUUCUCAACCAAGUCCCAGUUACAGGACACAUCCUUAUGGAGUACCUGAAACGGCUCCUUUCAUUAGUAACAUUGAAAGCUCAAGUCCUGAUACUGUGGAAAUCAGUUGGGUUCCACCCCAAUUCCCAGGUGGACUUAUUUUGGGUUACAAUUUAAGACUGAUGAGUGAAACUCAAAAAUUUCAUUCAGGAACACAGAGAACCAGUUUCCAGUUUUACUCUACUCUACCAAAUACCACAUACAGGUUUUCCAUUGCAGCAGUAAAUGAAGUUGGUGAGGGGCCAGAAGCAGAAUCUAGUAUUACUACUUCAUCCUCCGCAGUUCAAGAAGAGGAACAGUGGCUAUUUUUAUCCAGAAGAACCUCUCUAAGAAAGCGAUCAUUAAAACACUGGGUAGAUGAAGCACUUUGCCUCCAGUCAGAUGCCAUUCACCAUAAUAUUACAGGAAUAUCCAUUAAUGUUCACCAGCAAGUUGUUUAUUUCUCGGAAGGAACUCUCAUAUGGGUAAAGCAGGCUGCCAACAUGUCUGAUGUAUCUGAUCUGAGAAUCUUUUACAGAGGUUCAGGAUUAAUUUCUUCCAUCUCUACAGACUGGCUUAAUCAAAGAAUAUAUUUCAUCAUGGAUGAGCUGGUAUGGGUCUGUGACUUAGAGAACUGCUCAAACAUUGAAGAAAUUACUCCUCACUCAUUUACCGCACCUCAAAAAAUUGUGGCUGACUCAUAUAAUGGGUAUGUCUUUUAUCUUCUGAGAGAUGGCAUUUAUAGAGUCAAUAUCUCCAUGCCACCUGGUCGAGAUUCUGAAGCUGUGCGAAUUGUUGAGAGUCACACAUUAAAGGACUUUGCAGUAAAGUCACAGUCUAAGCGAAUCAUUUACUUCAAUGACACUGCCCGGGUCUUCAUGUCAACAUUUCUAGACGGCUCUGCUACUCAUCUUGUCCUACCUCAUGCCUCCUUUGCUGCGGAUGUGAAGAGCUUUGCUUGUGAAAGCAACAACUUCCUUGUCACAGAUGGCAAGGCGGUUUUCCAACAGGACUCCAUGUCUUUCAAUGAGUUUAUCGUGGGAUGUGACCUGAAUCAUAUAGAGGAAUUUGGGUUUGGUAACUUGGUCAUCUUUGGCUCGUACAGCCAGCCGUACCCCCUGCCUGGCAGCCCACAGAAGCUCUCAGUGCUCUUUGGCUCCAACAAGGCCUUCCUUCAGUGGAAGCCACCUGCACUGCCCAUCGGAGUCAGCACUUCUUCAUGGCAGAACUGGACUUAUGAGGUGAAAGUUUUAAACCAACACCUUCCUGAAAUCACUCAUGUUUUCUCUAACAUAAGUGAGACCAUGCUCAACAUAUCUCAGCUACAGAGUGCUACAAAGUACAAAGUUUCUGUGAGAGCAAGUUCUCCCAAGGGGCCAGGCCCUUGGUCAGAACCCUUGGUGGGUACUACCCUGGUGCCAGCUACAGAGCCACCAUUUGUCAUAGCUGUGAAAGAAGAUGGGUUAUGGAGCAAACCAUUGAAUAACUUUGGUCCAGGAGAAUUCUUAUCCUCUGAAAUAGGAAAUGUGUCAGACAUGGAUUGGUAUAACAACAGCCUCUACUAUAGUGACACAAAAGGUGAUGUUUACAUGUGGCUGCUGAAUGGAAAAGAUACCUCAGAGAGCUAUCACAUACCCAACAUUGCAGGAGCAGUGGCAGUGGCUUUUGAAUGGCUGGGUCAUUAUCUCUACUGGGCUGGGAAGAAGUAUGUGAUUCAAAGACAAUCUUUGUUAACAGGACAUACAGAUAUUGUGAUUCAUGUGAAAUUGUUAGUUAAUGACAUGGUGGUGGAUUCAGUUGGUGGAUAUCUCUAUUGGACCACACUAUACUCAGUUGAAAGCACCAGGCUAAAUGGGGAAAGUCAUUUCAUGCUACAAGCACAGUCUUGGUUUUCUGGGAAAAAGGUCAUUGCUCUAACUUUAGAUCUCAGUGAUGAGCUACUAUAUUGGCUAGUUCAAGAUAGUGAGUGUAUUCACCUGUAUACAGCUAUUCUUCGAGGGCAGAGCAGCACAGGCAAUACCACCAUCACAGAAUUUGCAGCUUGGAGUACUUCUGAAAUUUCCCAGAAUGCGCUUAUGUACUAUAGUGGUCGGCUCUUCUGGAUCAAUGGCUUCAGGAUUAUCACUGCCCAGGAAAUAGAUCAGAGAACAAGUGUGUCUGUUUUGGAACCAGAUAAAAUUAAACUGUUUACAAUUAUUCAGACAUCCCUUAAGCCUCUGCCAGGAAACUUUUCCUUUACCCCCAAGGUUAUUCCAGAUUCUGUUAAAGAGUCUUCGUUUAGGAUUGAAGGAACUGCUUCAAAAUUUCAAAUCCAGUGGGAUGCUCCUCCAGCUGUAGACUGGGGUACAACUUUCUACAGUGUGGAACUUAGGUCUCAUUCUAAGUUUCUGGCUAAUGAACGACAGUCUUUGCCUGUAUUUGUUGUGGAAGGACUGGAGCCCUAUGCCUUAUUUAAUCUUUCCGUCAUUCCUUAUACCUACUGGGGAAAGGGCCCCAAAACAUCUCUAUUACUUCGAGCACCAGAAACAGUUCCAUCAGCACCAGAGAAUCCUAGAAUUUUUAUAUUACCAAAUGAAAAACAUAGCACCAAGAAUGAAGUUGUGGUCGAAUUUAGGUGGAAUAAACCUAAGCAUGAAAAUGGUGUGUUAACAAAAUUUGAAAUUUUGUAUCAAAUAUCCAACCAAAAUGACACAAAUAUAACCUUGGAAGACUGGAUUGCUGUCAAUGUCACUCCCUCAGUGAUGGCUUUUCAACUUAAGGGGAUGAGUCCUGGGUACACUGUUGCCUUCCAGGUUAGAGUCUUCACAUUCAAAGGACCAGGACCAUUUUCAGAUAUAGUAAAGUCCAAGACAUCAGAAAUACACCCAUUUCCAUAUCUCAUAACUCUUAUGGGUAACAGGAUCCUUUUAUUAGAUAUGGAUCAAAAUCAAGUAUUGUGGACAUUUGUGGCAGAAAGAGAAAUCAAUGCCAUGAGCUACACAGCUGAUAAUGCAAUGGGCUACUAUGCUCAAGGAGACUCACUCUUCCUUCUGAACAUGCACAAUCAGUCCAGUUCUGAGAUUUUCCGAAAUGCCCUAGUUUUUGAUAUCACUAUUAUUACAAUUGAUUGGAUUUCAAGACAUCUCUUCUUUGUACUGAAAGAAUCAAAAAAUGGAAUGCAAAUAUUUGAUGUUGAUCUUGAACACAAGGUGAAAUAUCCUAGGAAGCUGAACUUUUGCAACAGAAAUUCAUCAAUAAUCUCUUUUUCUGUAUAUCCCUUUUUAAGUCGCCUUUAUUGGACAGAAGUUUCCAAUUUGGGCUCUCAGAUGUUCUACUGCUGUAUGAUCAACCGGACCUUGCACCGCAUUCUGCAACCCACGGCCACUGAUCAGUCAAGUAAAAGAAGCCAAUGUUCUUGCAGUGUAACUGAACAUGAAUUAAGUGGAAUAAUGACUGUUGAUACCUCUGACUUAAAGAAACCACAGAUAUACUUUAUCAAAGGGCAAGAGAUCUGGGCCACAGAUCUGGAAGGAUGUCAGUGUCAGCACAUUAUCCUAAUGCCUGAUUUGCUUGCGGGAAAAAAACUUGCUAGCUUAACCGUGGAUGGAGAAUUUCUAUAUUGGAUUGUCACAGCAAAGAACAGCACACUGAUUUAUCAAGCCAGAAAAAGUAAUGCAACUGUCCUCUCCCAGGUGCCAGCCCAACAGAGUAAACACAUCGUGGCUUACAGUUCAGUUGUGCAGCCUUUCCCAGAUAAGGCAUUCCUGUCUUUAGCUUCAGAUAUCGCAGAACCAACUAUUCUUAACAAUACUAACACCAGUCUCAUGAUCGGAUUACCUCCUGCCAGAACAAAACUCUUGUGGCAUGGUAUCACCAACCCCACUCCAACUUACUUGGUUUAUUACCAGGAAGUUAAUGGAGGGAAAAACGGCUCUAAAUUGCAAUAUAAAAUGCUGGAAUUUCAGGAGAGUACAGCCCUUAUUGAAGGUUUACAACCAUUUUCAACAUAUAUGAUACAGAUAGCUGUAAAGAACUAUUACUCAGAUCCUUUGGAACAAUUACCACUGGGAAAGGAGAUUUGGGGAAAAACUAAGAGUGGAGUCCCAGAGGCAGUUGAACUCAUUAACGCCACAGUACAAUCUGACACCAGUUUAUUUAUAUCCUGGAGGGAAUCUCUCAAGCCACAUGGCCCUAAAGAGUUAAUCCGUUAUCAGCUGGCAAUCUCCCACCUGGCUCUUAUUCCUGAGACCCCUCUAAGGCAAAGUGAAUAUCCAAAUAGAAGGCUUGCUCUCCUUCUUCCUGGGCUGACUGGUGGAAAAUCAUAUGUGCUAAAGGUUCUUGCCUGCCACUCAGAGGAAAUGUGGUGUUCUGAGAGUCUUGCUGUCACUGCAGAAACAUUUGAGUCACCGGAGAGACCUUCCGCCUUGGUUCCAGAAAACACAAGUUUGCAUUUAAAUUGGAAAGCUCCAUCUAAUGUUAACCUCAUCAAAUUUUGGUUUGAACUCCAGAAGUGGAGGCACAGUGAGUUUUACCAGGCUGAAGGCUCUUGCAGUCAGGGACCUGCUUAUGCCUGUGACAUCGCAGACCUGCAGCCUCACACAGCCUACAGCAUCCGUGUGGCGGUGGUUUACAGGACGGGAGCGAACAGCACCUCAAUCCCAGAAAGUUUUAAGACAAAAGCUGGAGUCCCAAGUAAACCAGGCAUUCCAAAAUUAUUAGAAGGGAGCAAAAAUUCAAUACAGUGGGACAAAGCUGAAGAUAAUGGGAGCAGACUUCUGUACUAUAUCCUUGAAGUCAGAAAGAUUAUUUCAAAUAACUCACACAAUGGCAACUUAAUGUGGAAGAUGGCAUUUAAUGGAAGCUGCAGUAGUAUUUGCACUUGGAAUUCUAGAGGCCUAAAGGGAGCAUUUCAAUUCAGAGUAGUUGCUGCAAGUCAUCUGGGAUUUGGUGAAUACAGUGGAAUCAGUGAGGAUAUUCUAUUAGUUGGAGAUGGUUUUUGGAUACCAGAAACAAGCUUUGUACUUACUAUUAUAAUUGGAAUAUUUCUAGUUACUACAGUCCUAUUGAUAUUUGUCUGGUACAGAAGGUUAAAGAAGAAAAAACCUCCCAAGGAAGGGCUGUCAGUUCUCAUAAAUGAAGACAAAGAGUUGAAUGAGCUUCGAGGUCUGGCAGCUGGAGCAGGACUGGCUAAUGCCUGCUAUGCAGUACAUACUCUGCCAACCCAAGAAGAGAUUGAAAGUCUUCCUGUCUUUCCUCGGGAUAAACUGACUCUUCGCCUCUUGCUGGGAAGUGGGGCCUUCGGAGAAGUGUAUGAAGGGACGGCAGUAGACAUUUUAGGAAUUGGAAGUGGAGAAACAAAAGUAGCAGUGAAGACUUUGAAGAAAGGCUCCACAGACCAGGAGAAGAUUGAAUUCCUAAAAGAGGCACAUCUGAUGAGCAAAUUUAAUCAUCCCAACAUUCUGAAGCAGCUAGGGGUUUGUCUGCUGAACGAACCCCAGUACAUUAUCCUGGAACUGAUGGAAGGAGGAGACCUUCUGACCUAUUUGCGCAAAGCCCGGAUGACCACGUCUCAUGGUCCUUUGCUUACCUUGGUUGACCUCAUAGACCUGUGUAUAGAUAUUUCAAGAGGCUGUGUCUACUUGGAGCAAAUGCAUUUCAUUCACAGGGAUCUGGCAGCUCGGAAUUGCCUUGUAUCUGUAAAGGAUUAUACAAGUCGAUUAAGGAUCGUGAAGAUUGGGGACUUUGGAUUGGCAAGGGACAUCUAUAAAAAUGAUUAUUAUAGAAAGAGAGGGGAAGGCCUGCUCCCUGUUCGGUGGAUGGCUCCAGAAAGUUUGAUGGAUGGAAUCUUCACUACUCAGUCGGAUGUAUGGUCUUUUGGAAUUCUGAUUUGGGAGAUUUUAACUCUUGGUAAUCAACCUUAUCCAGCUCUUUCCAACCUUGAUGUUCUAAACUAUGUGCAAACAGGAGGGAGACUAGAACCUCCAAAAAAUUGUCCUGACGAUCUGUGGAAUUUAAUGAACCAAUGCUGGGCUCAAGAAGCUGACGAAAGGCCUGCUUUCCAGAAAAUUCAGGACCAGCUUCAGUUAUUCAGAACCAUGUCCUUAAAUAGUAUUUCUCAGUGCAUACCAGAAGCAAAUGCUAAUGGAGUCAUAAAUGAAGGCUUUGAAGAUGAAGAUGGCUGUAUGACUUGUUUGAAGUCAGAUGAUGUUAUAUCAGUUGCUUUAAUGGAAAUCAAGAACCAAGAUGGAUUAAACUAUAUGGUGCUUGCUACAGAAUGCAGCCAAGUUGAAGAAAAUUCUGAGGGUAUGCUCAGCUCCACAGAACCUGAAUCUUGUGGUCUGGGGAAAGAAGAGAUGGAACCACAGGCAGACAAAGAUAUCCGCCAAGAUAAACAAGUGGCUUACUGCCCUCCUGGCAAGCCUGAAGACCUUAACUAUGCCUGUCUCACCCACAGUGGAUAUGGAGAUGGGUCUGAUUAA